UUUCAGAUAUUAAAAUGACCAGAGAGGAGGGAAAACGUCCUCAGUUCGGAGGACGCGUCCUAGGGGAGGGAGAGGACGUGUUCAAGCAUAAUGCUUGGGACAAUGUAGAAUGGGAUGAAGGACAGGAAGAGGCGGCAGCAGCUGCUAUUAAAGAAGCUGCCGAUAUCAGAGUAUCUGAGGAUGCCGCGGAGGGUUAUGAAAAGAAAGCUGAUGAAUAUUGGGAUACGUUUUAUGGAAUACAUCAAAACAGAUUUUUCAAGGACCGAAACUGGUUAUUUACGGAGUUCCCAGACCUGGCCCCAAAAUACAGAGGAGCACCGGUCAGAGUAUAUACAAAGAACACAAAAGACCCAGAUUUAGCGCUAGCAGAAGAAUCUGCUGAGAAUAAAGAGGAAAAUAGCGACGAGGUCGAGGGGAAUAAAUGUGAUGCUGAACUUGAUAUCCUUGAUCGGAGCAAGGUUGAAGAACUUAGGACCGGAGAGGAAUGGUUCGGAGAGAACUCACAUUAUAGGGUUUUGGAGGUCGGAUGUGGAACUGGCAGUACAGUGUAUCCAAUUCUGGAGGUAAAUACUGAGCCAGGGUUGAUGGUUUACUGCUGUGAUCUCUCCAAGACUGCUGUUAAUCUUGUCAAGGAGCACAAGGAAUUCUCUCAGAAAAGAUGUUUUUCAUUUGUCUGUGACGUCACUAAGGACUGGAGUGAGGCGCCAUUUAAACCAGAAUCUUUAGAUAUAGUAACGCUGAUAUUUGUGCUGUCUGCUAUACACCCGGAGAAGAUGAGAAAUAUUGCAAACCAAAUAUUCAAAUAUAUGAAACCGGGAGGACAGGUCUUCUUCAGGGAUUAUGGAAGGUAUGAUAUGGCGCAACUUAGGUUCAAGAAAGGGAGGUGUAUACAGGAUAAUUUCUACGUGAGAGGAGACGGAACCCGAUGCUACUUUUUCACGCAGGAAGAGAUAACCGAUAUAUUUACUAGUCAGGGGUUUAAUCAGACACAGAAUAUAGUCGACAGAAGACUACAGGUGAAUCGAGGCAAAAAGUUGAAGAUGUACAGAGUUUGGAUUCAGGCUAAGUUUGUUAAACCUAUAUCCAGCUGAAAUAAUCUAAUUCGUAAUGAGGAAGUAUCGUUAGUUGAGUUGGAAUUUAUCGAAUGGCUGUGAUAUUUUUUUUACAUUUUUUCAGA